UAAAGACCUGGAAAUCAGGAAGAUGGACCCAGCCAUGACUCUGAAUAAUGUCACCAUGCGCCAGGGCACUGUGGGCAUGCAGCCGCAGCAGCAGCGCUGGAGCAUCCCAGCCGAUGGCAGGCAUCUGAUGGUCCAGAAAGAGCCCCACCAGUACAGCCACCGCAACCGCCAUUCUGCUACCCCUGAGGACCACUGCCGCCGAAGCUGGUCCUCUGACUCCACAGACUCAGUCAUCUCCUCCGAGUCAGGGAACACCUACUACCGAGUGGUGCUCAUAGGGGAGCAGGGGGUGGGCAAGUCCACUCUGGCCAACAUCUUUGCAGGUGUGCAUGACAGCAUGGACAGCGACUGCGAGGUGCUGGGAGAAGAUACAUAUGAACGAACCCUGAUGGUUGAUGGGGAAAGUGCAACGAUUAUACUCCUGGAUAUGUGGGAAAAUAAGGGGGAAAAUGAAUGGCUCCAUGACCACUGCAUGCAGGUCGGGGACGCAUACCUGAUUGUCUACUCAAUCACAGACCGAGCGAGCUUCGAGAAGGCAUCUGAGCUGCGAAUCCAGCUCCGCAGGGCCCGGCAGACAGAGGACAUUCCCAUAAUUUUGGUUGGCAACAAAAGUGACUUAGUGCGGUGCCGGGAAGUGUCUGUAUCAGAAGGGAGAGCCUGUGCAGUGGUAUUUGACUGCAAGUUCAUCGAGACCUCCGCGGCUGUCCAGCACAACGUGAAGGAGCUGUUUGAGGGCAUUGUGCGACAGGUGCGCCUUCGGCGGGACAGCAAGGAGAAGAACGAGCGGCGACUGGCCUACCAGAAAAGGAAAGAGAGCAUGCCCAGGAAAGCCAGGCGCUUCUGGGGCAAGAUCGUGGCCAAAAACAACAAGAAUAUGGCCUUCAAGCUCAAGUCCAAAUCCUGCCAUGACCUCUCUGUACUCUAGGAACCCAGGGUCACCCAGAUGUCCCUUUGAUGGCUGUUGUUGAAGGCCAUUGGGACCAAUAAUCUAUAUUAGAUUGAAUCCUUAAGUUAGAUGUGGUUUCCCCCAUUGUAGCAGGGAGCUAGCAUAUUAGCCUUGUGGGCAACAUGAUGCAUGGGAAAUGAAAGAUUUUUGUAAAAAGUCAGUAUUUAUUUCCAGGAAAAGCCUGACCUUGCUAUUUGAACACCCAAGACUCUUUAGAGGAUGUGUUUGGUGUUCACAUGUGUUUCUUCUCUUUUGGAUAGUAGAGAAGUAAAGCUUACAAAGAAUGCCUAGAACAAGAACUCUUCAUCAUUAAAAAUUUUGCCCAGUGUUCUGAUAUGUGACUUUGAGGCCAAUGGGUCAUAAACAAAUAUAAGAAAGCUGUCAAUGAGUUUCUUCAAAGGAGGGAAAACUUUCUACGAAUCUAAGAUCCAUGGAGCUAGAAUUGUAGAACUAGGCUCAUCAGAAUCGUGACUAUUAUUGCUCCAUCAAACUGUGAAAAGAAAUGAUGUGGACCUUGCUGGAAACAAAGGCUUAGCAAACAAUUUUUGUUCAAUGCCCACCGAGACAUGUAGAAUUGGAAACUGAUACAUGUAUCCCUUGUAGGCUCAAAAAUUAUAUCUUACAAUUUCUAUUUAGGGGGAAAUUAUUUGAAUCAGAUUCUAUUUAGUCAAAGCACCUUUUAUGUUUUAUUAUUUUUGAAUUCGUGGAGCCAUCAUAAAAAUAUUUUUAAAAUCAGAAUUAUUGAUACCCUGUAGUGCAAAAUGUCAAUUUUUAAUGUAUAAUCAGAAGUCUGAAUUUUUAUAAAACAUAUAGCAUAAAAACUUCCAGUAUUUUGGUUGACCCUUGUAUGUCACAGCUCUGCUCUAUUUAUUAUUAUUUUGCAAAAUAACCAUUUUAACAUUUGAUAAGGCAUAUUUAUGAACAUAUUUCUUAAUAAGAAAAAUAUCCAUUUUAUUACUUUUCUAUCUUUUUCAAAAUAUGCAAGUUUUUACCUAUAUGUCUUAUAAUAAAAGAAAUAAAAUUUUUGAAAAAAGGCA